GGGCGGAUCCCAAACCCAACCUCAACAACAAAGACAAGCUCAGCAGCAGCAUCAAAUAAAGAAGCAUCAAAAACAGCAACAGCAGCAGCAACAGCAGCAGCAACAGCAACAGCAACAGCAACAUCAACAGCAACAUCAACAACAACAGCAACAGCAACAGCACAACAGCAACAGCAACAGCAGCAGCAACAGCAGCAGCAGCAACAGCAGCAGCAACAACAACAACAACAACAACAACAUCAGCAACAGCAACAUCAGCAACAACAUAUACAACAUCAACAACAGAAUUAUCAACAACAGUUUCCUAUUCAUCAGCAACAUAAUGCUCUCACGCCAUCUAUGCAACACUCUAAUAUGAUAGCGCCUUUUACGAUACCUACAUCUGAUUCUGCGGAAAGACCAGGAAAUAGACUACAGGAAAUUUUUGAUAGUACAAACAAUGUCCAUAACAACAACAAUAAGAUGCCAGAUAAUUUGUCUAGAAGAGCGAUGGCAAGCGGAGAGUUAACAAAGCCGUUUUAUCCACCUUUUAUGAAUAUGUCGCCUGCUGCAUCUCCUAGAAAUCCCGGUACUUUAUUACAAGCGUUGCAUGGUGGGAUUCUCCCUCCACCUCCAACACAACAAAAUGUGCCUAUGGGGAUGCCGUUAAUGCCACAGCAGGUUAUGGGUUUAAUGAGACCUGAAGUAGCCAGAAGGUUUGGCGGUAGACCCCCAUUAUCUAAACCAGAAUUUAUUCAACAAUUGUUAAACAUGAUUCAGUGUGAUCCUACCUUUUUUGAUAUUCUUUACGAGACGUAUCAAGGUCAAAUGGGACAUUCUCAAAUCUAAAUAAAUUUAAUUGGCUUGUUUUACCGUGACGGUCUAUAUAUUUCUCUACCAUUUUUUUCU